UUCAAUACGAAAAUAAGUGUACUGCCCAAUAAAUAUAAUAGGGCAAUUCAGUUUGGUGCAUCUGAGUUUGCAAAAUUAUCCAAUUGCAAAUAUUUAUCGUCAACAGUGAACGUCUUUUUUGGGAUUUCUGUGCAACCCUUGCAAAUGCCAUUAAUUCACAGCUGAUCGGUGAAGAAAAACAUUGUUUGUAAACAAAAUUGUCGCACAAAUUGGAAAAUAUGCCGAAAAAAAGUUUUAGAGAAAAAUUAACUGACGCUUUAAUUGAUGAAGCUGCUGAAGAAAUUAUUGACAUUGAAGAUGAUGACGCAGUGGAUGCAGUGUUAGAUGAAUUGGCUGACAAUAUAUCUGUUAUUAUGGAAUGUUGGCGAGGAGAUUAUAGCAUAAUACCUAAGUCAGACAUUUGGCGCAAUAAUAUUUUGACAACACUGGACGAAGGCCGAUCCCGCCAAAUGUUAAGAAUAGAUAGAGAUCGAUAUAAUAUCCUGGUUGAUUUAAUAAAAAACGAUGAAGAAUUCAACAAAGCGCACUCAUGUAAGCAAUUUUCUGUCGAAUUGCAAUUAGCAGUCACACUGUUUCGUUUGGGUUCGUCGGGAGAAAGCGCAGCAUUUAGAAAAAUAGCGACAAUUUUUGGAGUGGGAGAUGGCAAAACUAUAUCGCUAAUAACAAAAAGAAUCUUUAAAGUGUUCUUGCGUCACCAAUCUAAGUAUACAUAUUAGCCCGAUGAGGUUGAACGAUCGAAAAUAGUAUCGGAUACUUUUGAUGAGUUACCGUUUUGUAUUGGAUAUAUUGAUGGAACCGAGAUUAAAUUAGCAGAAUCGCCAAUUGAAGACCAUACAUCAUACAUCUCCAGAAAUCACAUAUAUUCAAUAAAAGCACAAAUAGUUUGUGACUAUAAACGAGUAAUUCGAUAAGUUGUGGUUGGUCACCCUGGGAGCUGGUAUGAUACCCGUAUAUAUCGAAAUAGCGCACUCUUUCAACAAAAUGAUCAGUAUUUUUCUUCACAACAAUGGAUUGCUGGGGACUCGGCAUACCCUUUAUCUGCAACGUUAAUAACCCCUUACAGAAGCAACGCAAGACAGUUGGAUAGAAAUGCCCGAAUUGCAUUUAAUUUACGGCACAGUAAAUACCGGGUUAGAGUAGAGCAUUGUUUUGGGCUUUUAAAUGAAAGAUUUGGAAGCCUUAAGCAGCUAAGGAUGCGUUUAUCUAACAAAAAAAAAAACAUAAAUUUUGUUGCGAUUGGUUUCUUGUCUGCUGUAUUCUCCACAUUUUAAUUAAUAGUGGCUCCACUUCGUUCGACGGUGGUUCAGAUCCAUCAACUGCUAUCGAAGAUUCUAUUGAGCCUGAUGAGCAUACACCCAACAAUAUUGGAGAAACUAAAAGACAAGCUAUAUACGCAUUAAUGUUUUCUUAAAUUUAAAUGUAAAUUAAUCUUUCUGCUUUCAAUUACAUACUUAUAUAAUAAUUAUAA